AUGCUUCAUUCUUCAUGGUUAACGUUCAGUUCGUCUCUUCCGAUACUGAUGCUGGGACGUGCAAAAAUGUCUCCAAAAACUCUGGUUCGUUUAUUAAGGAAUGGACCCUCAUCGAAGACUCGCAACGCGAACCUCAAUGUUUCUUGUCUCUAUUUCCUCUUGCUUCUAUGGAAUCUUCCGUUAUUAUCUGCCUCAUUACCGUCAUCGCCGUCGGCGUCUCCGUCGUCAAAGCCGAAGACAUCUGACGCCGCCGCUUGUCUGACCGAGGUUGACUACAUGGGCAUUUAUGCCGUCAACUGCAGUAACGGCGGACUGAAGCGAGUCCCCCAGGAUUUGCGUGCCAAUUUGUGGACGCUGGAUUUGAACCACAAUCGAAUCUUUCUCGACAUUCCCGUCAUGCAAUUCGCCAAAUAUGAGAGCCUUCGAAAGCUGUUGCUGCGAAACAACUCAAUCGCAGAGAUUCACACCAACGCUUUCACAGGAUUGGUCAGUUUGAUCACACUGGAUCUCCACAGCAACAAGAUCACCGAUGUCCCGACAGAGGCCUUACGUAGCCUGCCGGCUUUGCAAACCCUCAUCUUGAGCGCCAAUAGCAUUCAACAUAUUGGAAAGGGGGCUUUCCCUGACCUACCCUAUUUGGCCGAAUUAAGAAUCGACGGAAAUCACUUGUUUAUAGUUGAUGACUACGCCCUGUCGAGCUUAAUCAAUCUACAGCACCUCAGUAUACAAAACAACGCUGUAAAGACUUUAUCAAAUAUGGUAUUCCAUAAUUUUGGUCGUGGUCUCCUCUCGUUAGAUUUGUACAAUAACCCCUGGUUGUGCGAUUGCCAUAUCCGUUGGAUGAGAGAUUGGAUAAUCAAACGGCAAAUUCACUGGGAGAGUAAUACAAAGCGACCCAUAUGUGCUGGGCCUUAUACCAAUAAGGACAAAUACUUCACACUUGUACCAAGCCGUCAUUUUGCUUGCAAAGUUAUAAUGUACUCAAGCGGUACGUCACUCACGUUGCAAGAAGGCCAUAACGUUAGCCUUAUCUGCAAGUUAUACUCAGACCCACCAGCUGAAAUUAUGUGGUUACGUAACGAGGAAAAGGUAACCAGUGGUAAUGGGCAUUAUGAAAUCGCUGAGUAUGGUGAUGUCAUUAAAAGCUUGGCACUUUUUAUCAAGGGUUUCAGUAAGGAAGAUGCCGGUUUAUAUAAGUGUCUUGCAAAGAAUCCCAUCGGGGUUGAUUCGAUAACUUACACCUUGAGUCUUGACGCGGACAAUCCCAAUAGAUUGGCUCUUGAAAUGGAAACACAAGGUUCAAUAUUCGGUGCUAAGGCAGCUAUUAUCUUCGCCGCUGUUGUUGUCCUUGUAAUCAUUGUUUUACUGACGAUUUUGCUCGUGUUUCGACAUAUGAGAAACCAAAGGAAGCGACAGGAGAAAAUCCGAUUGACUAUAGAAGAUUUCUUUGACAAAAACGCUACUGCAGGACGUCAAGAAACGAAAAUGAGGGGUCGCGCAAGUGACCAGAUCGAAACCGGUGAGAUGGACCCUCUUUAUGAGACUGUGGCCAAUGAAGGAAAUUAUGUGUCGUUUAAGUCUGAUCCAGUCGACUCGGAGGACGUUUCCCAACUCUAUUCGCCCAGCACUGUAACGACCCAUAUGAAUGACUCACAGUCCGACUUAGAACCAAACAACGCAUCCUUUUGGCUUUCAGAAUCCGCCUCGCCCCUUCUUGGACCGGUAUCGGAUGAUCAAAGCACCCCUCUGUAUCAAAACAAUAACAAUAGUCAUCACCUCAGUCUCAGGGGGAAUAAACAGCGGGAAGUGCCACUGACAACCUUCCCCCGUACGGCCGUCGGGUCUUAUUCCUCAUUCAAGACUGGCUCCCCUCGUUUCGUAGCUUCUAACCGUCGUCACCCGAACAAAAAUAACAAUCGUCAAUUGCAACAGCAACUGGCCAACGAUCGACAGCAGUUCCACCAACAUCACCAUAACAAAAACAAUAACAAUAACAACAACAACAACAACGACGACGACGAAGAAGAAGAAGAAGAGGAAGAAGAGCAUCAUGUCGUUGUAGAAGCUGUCAACAACGACAACCAAUUUCAUCUCAGCAAACUGAACGGGAACAACAACAACAACAAUAACAACAACAUCAAUAACAACGUCGGAGGAGGAGUUGGAAGCAUUCGGCUGAAGAGCAACACACUGGGCCGCGAUCAGCUGUUUUCCAAACUCUACAAUAACAAGCAGAAUCCGAAUUUUGUAUAUAACGCGUCUUACUCGGCUUAUGACCCGAUCUAUAACAAGCCCCCGUCGAAGGGGCAGCCGUAUGCUUAUACAUCGCUACCGUGCGAAGCGGAUUCGAAACAGAGUUUGUCGACCUACACCUCCCCGCAGUGCACGCCGAAAGACGAGAAAAACAAACGGUGCUCUUCACUUGGAAACGUCGGCAUUGGAGACCUCGUCCCGCCAAGGAAGCCACCAAGGUUCUACAGCAGGUCGAGCAUGUCCGCUCAAUCAGCGGGGGAUCUUGAUGAUCCGAUUUCGUCUCCUUUGCCGGGAUCCACCGAUGAGUUCGGAACCGCCGUAUGA